UUUGCGGACUCCAUUACUCUACUCUGCACACCCAUUCGAUUCGAACACUUCACCCAACCGUAGCAACUGUCUCCGAUCAUUCGAUCUUUCUAGAAACCCAGAGAGAGAGAGAGGGAUGGAGUCUGACGUACUUCUCAUCGAAAUCGCAGGAGAAGACGACUCGCAGCUUCAAUUGCCUCCAGACGACGCCGUUUCAAGCAGCAGCACCAACAAAACCUCCAAAGAUGAUGCCUUUUCUUCUGCCCGCCUCUCCCAACCCCUUAGAUCCAAGCCUUUCGGUUCGGGUUUUCUCUUAUACUUCCGUUGAAUCCAUGCUUCGUCUCUUGUACUUUGUUUUGGCUGUCUACGGUUUUUUUCCCCUUUCAAAAUAAAUAAUGUGGAUUCAAUUUGACCUCUGAUUUGCUCGGUAAUGCGAAAUUCACCUGCUUAUUGAUCGAUAGUAACAGAUAUGCAGAAGGCAGCUCUGAAGGUUAGUCUAGCUCAAAUAGUUGUGAUAUGACAGACAGUCGGCGGAAGUUGGAUAGAAUUCCUGUUCAUGAAGACCAAAUAUCUAUGGGACAAGAAGAACCAUAUAAUACUAAAAAGGUUGUUCACAUGGAAGAGGUAGAAUUUCAGAGGAAUGGGGAUAAACUUCUUUCACAGAGGGGAUCCUGUGAACUAUUGGAUAAGGAUGAUAAUAGCAUGAACGUUGCUUUUGUACUCGCUCCAAGAAGAUGCAAGUUCUGUCAACAGUACUUUACUAUCAUGUGUUGAUCAGUGUAGUGGUAAUCGUGUCAAUAAACUGCAUGGGGAACAAGUUGAUCUGUCUAAACCUUUGACCUGUGAAGGAGAUCAAAUGGUAUGGGAAAACAGUGGUCGUUUCACCAAGGAAUGUCAAACUUCUCAAGAGAUCCAGAGCUACAGUUGUUUGAAGGUUGCAGACGUCAGUUCGAAGUCCAAAAUUCUAGUGCAACUGACUCUAAUGAUUUGUAUGACUCUAGAUUUGAUGACCGAUCAAAUAAUGAUGGUAGUACAUUUGACAAAAUGAGUGAGAAUCCACAUGAGGAAGAUGCACAAAUCCCGACUUUAAGUGGAAGAUUAAAAGAUGAAAUGGAUGAGGCUGACCUGAGGACUUCUGCUCCAGAUAAUUGUCGGUUGGUGAUAAUUGAUUGUGGAAAAGGAAAGCCUGGACCGCUAGACCUUCCAAAUACCUGCUAUACCGGAGAACAGGUUUUCGAGGAAUGUAGAUUGCGCUUAGAUGAUUGUGUAUUGGAUGGAUUCAGUACUAUACCUGAAGAAUCCCAGCAGAAAAUUACUCUUCGGUGUGUUGAAUUAAAAGAAACAGAGGGAACUGGUGUCAGCAGAUGUGAAUCAGAAUUUUCUAAAACCCUUUCUUUAAUGCCACCUGCUAUGUCAGAAUACAGGUUCAAUGAGGCAGAAAUAGUGAAGUCCAAGGACAAUUUUGCUUCAGUGUCGGAAGACAAAGCAAUGGUUGAGAGUUACAACCUUGACUCAAGGAAUGACUCUCAGUUUAAUUGCCAAGAUUGUCGUUUGGAGUUGGACAGUGUGGAUGAAGUUCAAACCAUACGUGCAGUGACGGCUUACAAAAUGGAUGCCAGUUUCUUGGAAACUGGAGAUUUCACGUCCCAGAUAAACUUGAAUCUGCUAGUUGAAGAUACUUCAGGAGAGCCGAUUAAUUUGAUGGGUGAUAAAAUCAAUUUCAGUGGAGAGGAAAUUAGUGUGAUGAGUGCAAGUUGCUUAAAUGCAGAAGAUAAGAGUCUUGAAUCAGAGUCCAGAGGUUCAUGUGAGUUCAUUUGAAGGUAGAGAAUCUUUUGAAGAGUGCCUUACAGAUAAUAUUGGGAAUUGUGUAGAUAUGAGCUCAAAGGUGAGCGAUUUAGGUGGAAGCGGGCCGCAAAGUCCCCAUGGUAAGUAUAAAAGCUUGGAUAAAAGCUUGGAUGAAGAAAAUAAACAAGUUGAUAAAGGUAGUGACAUGAUUAAGGAACGAGCUCUGGGAGAUCUGCGAGAACAUACCUCAGUCUCAAACUACGCAUGCUCAGCAGUUGUUAAUAACGUAUAUGAAGAACUAGCUGGAUGUCCUGAGCUUCAUCGUCCAAAUUUUGAUGUCAUACGAGGGUCCCAGGAUAUUAACCCCGGGUCUUGUUUGAAUGGUACCUUGCUUUCAAACAACACUUCCUGUAAGGAUUUUGUGGAAACUGUUCACGAGGUUGUUUUUGAUGACUAUAAUGCUCAUGGAAGCGAAUCAAAGAGUUCCAAAGUAGGACCAGCAAUGCAUGAUUGCACACCAGAUUUGGAGGAAAAGGCUGACUACUUACAAAUGGAAGUUGCAGAGGAUUUUAGUCUUGACUAUAAGCCAAGCAACCAAGCUGCUUAUCUGGAGUCUGUUUCAUCUGCAAAAACAACCACCGGAGGAAUUUCAGUGUCAACUCUGGCAUUAAAUGCCUGGGGAGGAGAAUUAUGCUCUUCUGUCAUUUCUGAUCGGACAUCAUCAAGUGCAAGUAUUCUGCAGGAUAAUGAUGUUAUUUCAUCGAUAAGCAAUUUAGCUGAGGAAUCCGAAAUUAAUAUAUGAAAUAGAAUUUUCCUUGCCCCCCCUCCCCCGGAGAAGAUAAGGAGGCAACUAACGAGCUUAAGAAGCCGGGGACAGGAGUGAUGGGAAGCCAGAGGGCCUUGUAAUAAAGCCUCCAUCAGAUGCUCUUCCAUUCUCCGAUGAAUGGUUAGCUGCACUAGAAGCAGCCGGAGAGGAAAUUUUGACAAAGAAAAGUGGUGCAGUACAAAAUUCACCCCCCAACAAAUCUCAACCUCAACGGGGUCCAUGGUCUCCGGUGAAGCGAAAGGUUAAUCAUGUAACUGGACCGUUCGAUUGUACAAAACAUACCAACAAUGGCCUCCCUACUUCUCAAUAACCUUGGAGAGUAAGAGGAGUCCAUCCACCUAAUCAUUCCAUGUCACACUAACUAAACACACCAUUCUUUUUCUUCGAUCCUCUCCUUUCGUUGUAGUCACUAGCUAACUAUCUGUGCAGACACUUUCCACAUUAUCUUGC